AUGACCUCCUCCCACGCUAACCCCGGCCAAUUCCAGAGCGGUUAUCCACCAUUCGAUUAUGAGGCGUUGGUAAAUCAGGCUCCAGUUCCAGUGGCCAAUAUGACAGGUUCGGGUGCACGCCAAGACGCCCAGUCUGCUUCGGCCGAGCCUGAAACUGAGGAGCUCGACACCAGAUUCGACACGUCUGCUGAAAAGGCAAACAACAAGAGAGACAAGGAGGACGGCGACUACACUCUCAGGAAGAGAAAGUCCGCACAAGGUUCUGCAUCAACUGCAACCAAACGGCAGAGGCAGUCUGCGACGAAGGCCUCUGAGUCCAGCGGUCCACCAACGACUACCACAACCAAGACUUUUGAGGAAUGCGACGAGACUACCAGAGGCCUUCGUAAAGCGGCUGUUGAGAGUCUGAAAGAGAUCUGGGGUGCUGAUCCUCGAAAUUGGCCAGUAUUUGAGUUCAGUCCAACACGUCUUGUGAAAACCCAGUGGGGGCCUCAGAAAGGCCGAGAGAUCGAGCAAAAAGAUGGGCCGCUAGACUGGAGCCUUGGACUCAUCCACGAGAUAGUAUGCCUGGCCAAGAACACUACUGAUGAUCAGCGUCAUCGCUCUGAGCAAGUCCUGAGGGAAAUCAUCGACGACCGCGUUCGUGAUACCGACAGCGAAAAGAUGAUGUGCACAACCGACAUUCGGCGGACGAAUGAUAUCCUGACUCGAGAGCUAUCUGAAGCAGGCCCAAGUCAUCGAUCGCCAACCCUCGCUGCUGCUGUCACCAGCAACCAACCCAAUGUCGACCGCAAUGACAUCCCUCAACCUCACAGCAGCAUAGAGCGGGUAGACUCCCCGCUGAUGUCCGACGAAGUGGACAUACAGCCUGGGGGAGGCCAGGGGUCCGCGGCAUUGGACAGAGGCUUGAGCGAUGACCCGCUCCCCAAGAACUUUGACAGCAACAGUGUUGAAGAGAACGAACGGUACAUCAAGGGAUUGCAGGAGAUUGUCGAAGAGAAGAAACGUCAGCAUCUUGCACUGUCGGAGAAAUUGCAAAGCUUCCGCACAAAGUUUGCUCCCCGUGUGUGA